AUGAUGAAUGAAGAUGUCACAGAUGAAGUGGGUAUUGAUUUAGGUAAAAAACAUAAGUUGGGACAUUUACGUGUUGAUAGUCAAGGCAAUGCAACAUUUAAACGUUUACCAACUAAUCAACUUGUUGAAGCACUUCAAUUAGGAAUACAAUAUAGUGUGGGAGGUUUAGAAGCAAGACAAGCACAUGAUGUACUUUUUCAAGAUUUUCUUGCGGUGGAAAUAAUACAUUUUCCAAAAGGUGGAAGAUCAAAUCCAAAAGCUACACCACCACAUCGUUUUAAUGAUUUUACUAUUCGUUCUUAUGCUCCUGUUGCAUUUCGACAUUUCCGAGAAAAAUUCAAUAUAAAACCAGCAGAUUAUUUAUCGUCAUUAUGUAAACCAUUUCGUGAACUAACAAAUCCUGGUGCAAGUGGUAGUUUAUUUUAUUUAACAGCAGAUGAUGAAUUUAUAAUAAAGACUGUACAGAAAAAAGAAGCAGAAUUUUUAAAAACUCUUCUUCCUGGUUAUUACAUGAAUAUUAUACAAAAUCAACGUACACUUUUACCAAAAUUUUUUGGUCUUUAUUGUUAUCAGGGUGAUAAUAAAAAUAUUCGUAUAACUGUUAUGAAUAAUUUAAUUCCAUCACAUGUACAAAUGCAUGAAAAAUACGAUCUUAAAGGUUCAACAUAUAAACGACGAGCUAAUAGUCAAGAACAACAGAAAGAAUCUCCCACAUGGAAAGAUUUAGAUUUUAUGGAACGCCAUCCAUAUGGUUUAAUACUGGAUUCUGAGACAUAUAAUGCUCUUGCGAAAACAGUUCAACGUGAUUGUCGAGUAUUAGAAAGUUUUCAUAUAAUGGAUUAUUCAUUUUUAAUUGGUGUUCAUCGAAUUGAGCGAUCUUUAGAUUCACCAGGAGAUGAAUCAGUUCCAUUUAAUUUUGGAAAUGAUCCUUUAUCGCCACAGCCAAAACGUAUGAUGUAUUCAACACCAAUGGAUAAUAUUCAUGCGGAAUUUGAUGAAAAUAAUAAACCCGAUGGUUAUCUUGCUAAAACGGGUGGUAUUCCAGCUCGAACUAUUGAUGGGCAAAAAUUAUCUUUGUAUGUUGGUAUUAUUGAUAUAUUACAAUCAUAUCAAUUACGAAAAAAGCUUGAGCAUACAUUGAAAUCUGUUGUUACUGAUGGAAAUCAAAUAUCAGUCACUAAUCCAAAUUAUUAUUCUGAUCGAUUUCAAAAAUUUCUUUUUACUACUGUAUUCAAAAAAGCACCACAAGAAAAAUCAACAAAAGUAAAUGGACAUACAGAAUCAAGAUCAAGUGCAACUACAUCUACUAUCACUACACCAGUUACAAAUAUGUUACCACAUCCAUUUCAAAAUAUGAAUUAUGAAAUUCCAAGACAUGCAAAUUAUGCAAGUUCAGUAUCAAGUACAGAUACAUCAAAUAGUCGUAUAACAUCAUAUUAUGCAUCAUUACGAUCUUCACGUGAAAGUAAAGAUAAAAGUAAAGAUGGAAGUUCAACAACGAUUUAUGCAAGUUCACAUCAAUCAGAUUCAUUAUAUAAUGAACCAACUAGAAAAAAACCAGCUAAAAUACUAACAACAUCAUUUAAUAAUCGUAUGGAUAAUUUAAAGCUUGGAAAUUAUCAACAAUCAUCGAAAAUACCAUAUAAUAAAACAGAAAAACAUGAAAUUCUAUUACCAAUUGGUAAUGGUGUUGUGGGAAAAUUAGCAUCAUCUACAUCUAAUUUAAAUUAUCGCACCAAUGCAUUAGAAUAUUCUUCAACACGUCGUCAACUAAAUCAUCAAUCAUCCGAUGAAAUAACUCGAUUUUAA